UCUUGGGGAGCAGGGGAAAGGUGGCUGCAUCGAGGGGCAGUGGACAGAUCAGGAGUCUCUCGGGGACCCCUUCCAAUUCCCCAGGUAAAUCAAGGAGCCUUUGGGCCCCAGGUUGCCCCCGUGGCCCCCGGCGAGGUGGCAGAGACUGCAGGUGGGGUGUGCAAGUUCUCUGCACAGCGGCUGAGCUGGUGGCAGGCCCAAGAGUCCUGCGAGCAGCAGUUUGGCCACCUGGCACUGCAGCCCCCUGAUGGGGUUCUUGUUUCACGGCUGCGCGACCCAGUCUGGAUGGGCCAAAGAGAGGCCCCUCUGCGGAGACCCCCACAGAGGCGUAUGCACACCACCCCCGCGCUGGUGUUCGGCGAGAGGACAGCUGACCGGGCGGCGCGGCUGCGGAGCCCCCUGCCCGAGUUGGCGGCGCUGACUGCGUGUGCUCACCUGCAGUGGGACUGUGCCUCGCCUGACGCCGCCACUCUCUUCUCCGUUGCCGCACCAGCGCUGCCCAACGCGCUGCAGCUGCGCGCCUUCGCCGAGCCGGGGGGCGUGGUGCGCGCUGCGCUGGUGGUGCGUGGGCACCACGGGCCCUUCCUCGCCGCCUUCCGCGCCGACGGCCGCUGGCACCAUGUGUGCGCCACGUGGGAGCAGCGGGGCGGGCGCUGGGCGCUGUUCUCCGACGGGAGGCGGCGCGCUGGGGCGCGGGGUCUAGGCGCGGGCCACCCGGUGCCGUCUGGCGGCAUCCUGGUGCUGGGCCAGGAUCAGGACUCUCUGGGCGGCGGCUUCUCGGCGCGUGACGCCUUCAGCGGCAACCUCACUGAUUUCCAUCUGUGGGCGCGGGCGCUGAGCCCCGCGCAACUGCACCGGGCACGGACCUGCGCGCCGCCCCACGAGGGCCUGCUCUUCCGCUGGGACCCGGGCGCUCUGGACGUCGCGCCCUCGCUGCUGCCCACGGUGUGGGUGCGCCUGCUCUGUCCCGUGCCCUCCGAGGAGUGCCCCACAUGGAAUCCGGGACCUCGCACUGAGGGCUCGGAGCUCUGCCUGGAGCCGCAGCCCUUCCUCUGCUGCUACCGGACAGAGACCUAUCGGCGGCUGCAGGAUGCCCAAUCGUGGCCUGGCCAGGAUGUUAUCAGCCGGGUCAAUGCCUUGGCCAAUGACAUUGUGCUCUUUCCAGACCCCCUCUCUGAAGCGCGUGGGGCCCUGUCCCCGGCAGAGGCCUCCAGCUUCCUGGGCCUUCUGGAGCAUGUCCUGGCAAUGGAGGUGUCUUCUCUGGGGCCAGCCGCACUGCUGGCUGUUGUGUGCUUCCUGAAGAGGGUGGUGGCCAUCGGGGCUGGGGAGCCGGAGCUGUUGCUGUCAGGGCCGUGGGAGCAGCUGGGCCAGGGCGUUGUAUCCGUGGCCAGCCUGGUCCUGGAGGAGCAGGUGGCUGACGCAUGGCUGUCCAUCCAUGAGGUGGUUGGCGGGCCUAUGGCCCUGGUGGCGAGUGUGCAGCAGCUGGCACCGCUGCUGAGCACCAUGAUGACCUCAGAGCGGCCCCGAAUGAGCAUCCAGCACCGCCAUGCUGGCCUCUCUGGAGUCACCGUGAUUCAUAGCUGGUUCACCUCCAGAGUCUUCCAGCAGACCCUGUGGGGGCUGGGCCCAGAGCCCCAGGCCCCUGCCAGCUCAGAGGAGGCAAACAGGGUGCAGAGGUUCCUAAGCACCCAGGUGGGGUCAGCCAUCAUCUCCUCUGAAGUGUGGGACGAAACUGGAGAGGUCAGCAUGGCCGUGAACUUUCAUCUGCAACACCAGGCCCAAAGCCCUCUGUUCCCUCCCCAUCCCCCAAGCCCAUAUACAGGGGGUGCCUGGGCCACCAUGGGCUGCUCCGUGGCUGCGCUGUACCGGGACUCCACCGCCUGCUUCUGCAACCACAGCACCAGCUUUGCGAUCCUGCUGCAGGUCUAUGAUGUACAGAGAGGCCCCGAGGAGGAGUCGCUGCUGAGGACCCUCUCGUUUGUGGGCUGUGGCGUGUCCUUCUGCGCUCUCACCACCACCUUCCUGCUCUUCCUGGCGGCCGGGGUCCCCAAGUCGGAGCGAACCACAGUGCACAAGAACCUCACCUUCUCCCUGGCCUCUGCCGAGAGCUUCCUCAUGGCCAGCGAGUGGGCCAGGGGUAAUGAGGUGGCGUGUGUGGCUGUCACCAUUGCCAUGCACUUCCUCUUCCUGGUGGCGUUCUCCUGGAUGCUGGUGGAGGGGCUGCUGCUGUGGAGCAAGGUGGUGGCCGUGAGCAUGCGCCCUGGCCCACGCAUGUGGCUCUACCACGCUACCGGCUGGGGCGUGCCUGUGGGCAUCGUGGCGGCCACCCUGGCCACACGCCCUCAUGACUAUGUGGCCCCUGGACACUGCUGGCUCAGUGUGCACACAGACACCAUCUGGGCCUUCGUGGGGCCUGUGCUCUUCGUGCUGACUGCCAACACCUGCAUCCUGGCCCGUGUGGUGAUGGUCACCGUGUCCAGCGCCCGCCACCGUGCCCGCAUGUUGAGCCCACAGCCCUGCCUGCAGCAGCAGAUCCGGACCCAGAUAUGGGCCACAGUGAAGCCUGUGCUGGUCCUGCUGCCCGUCCUGGGCCUGACCUGGCUGGUUGGCAUCCUGGUGCACCUGAGCCCCGCCUGGGCCUACGCUGCCGUGGGCCUCAACUCCGUCCAGGGGCCGUACAUCUUCCUGGUCUAUGGUGCCUGCAAUGAGGAGGUGCGGAGCGCCCUGCAGAGGAUGGCUGAGAAGAAGGUGGCUGUGCUGCUCAGGGCAAUGGGGGCAUGGUUUGCGUUUUCCCCAUUAGGGACCUACGGCCCUAGAAACCCCUCAGCCUUCUCCUCCAUCGCAAACCCGGAGAGACAGGGUCCAGGGAGGGGAGCUGCUGGCCGCAAGCUGGCAGAGGCCCCUAUAGCCAAGGGCCCCCAGGGCAAGGGGCGGCAGAAGGAGCGGGGGCCACCCCCGUGA